UUCGUGCUGGCGCCGCUGGUCGUCUACCUGGCGCUGGGCACCGUCUUCCUGCUGGCCGGCUUCGUCUCGCUCUUCAAGAUCCGCACCAUCAUGAAGCACGACGGCACGCGCACCGACAAGCUGGAGAAGCUGAUGAUCCGCAUCGGCGUCUUCUCGGUGCUGUACACGCUGCCGGCCACGCUGGUGAUCGCCUGCCUGUUUUACGAGCAGGCGUUCCUCGAUCAGUGGACCCUCGGCUGGCAGGAGCAACACUGUGGCCUGCGGAACCCCAACUGGUCCAAAUACGCCAUCCCCUGCCCGCCGGCCGCCGCCGACGGCCUGCUGCGGCCGCAGCCGUACUUCGAGUUCUUCAUGAUCAAGUACGUGAUGCUGCUGAUCGUCGGGAUCACGUCCGGCUUCUGGGUGUGGUCGCACAAGACGCUGCAGACGUGGGGCCGACUGUGCGGAUACGGCCAGCCCGCGGUCGUCUACCGGACCCCCGACGGCCGCGUCGUGCAGCCGAACCACGUGUGAGCCAGCGGGCUGCGCGCACGCGCGGGACAUGCAUGGGACGUGCGCGGUGGGUGUGAGAGGACACUGCUGGACGUGCGCCGGACGUGCGCUGGACGUGGUCUGGAUGCGCGGCGUUCUUGCUGGCGCGGGGCCGGCUUCGGAGGCGCGGCGGACGCUUCUUCGGUCGCCACCGCGCCCGCCUCUCUGUGUGAUAGACUCGGCGCCGCUGACGCGCCAGAAACGCCACGCGACGCUUCAGGGAAGACGGGCGUCGUCUCCGCCGCGGUUCUGAACCUCGCCGAGCGGAGUCAGCGCGCCCGAACCCGCAGCCCUGCACUGCUGACCGAGGGACGACGGGUGUUCCGCUACCCCUCCCGGGCUCGCGCCGCGGCCGCGUCGACUCGCCAGUUGACGUCGCAUUACCGGCUCGUGGGCGCCGAACGCGUGCGCUUGUCCCGGCGCGCGCGUGGAUGACACCGCCGGACUAGUGGCGGGCCUCCGACCCUGCCGCGGACCGACAGCAGCUGGGUGCGAGGAGCUGGCCGUCCAGUCGCCGAGCGCUCCCGAGGCUCGGUUCGAGCGAGAAGGUCGACGGUCAGCGGCUGGAGCGUGCCGCGAGUUGACGGCCGUCGCGGUUCCGCCGGAUCUGCUUCUCACCGACACCCCUUCUCGCCCGCUCACCGGCGGAGAGGGAGGCGGCGCGGCCAACCGGUCA